CUCCCCUCAAACCUACUCUUACAAACCAUGCUCUAAAAGUUUGAUUAAGAAAAACACAUGGUGUAAAUGUGAAUCGGAGAGAAAUGGUAGCAGAAAUCCCACGAAAAUAGCUCCUUAAUCCCUUCCUAAUUAUUCGUGAAAUGGGUAACCAGUUCGUUUUCGCUGUCAUUCUCCUCUGCUUUUUCCCAUUUCUCCAAUGGAUCAAAGCUUCAUCUCCUUCUCUCCUAUCUCAGGAACUUGAAGAUCGUACAGGUAUAAGAAAAAUUCAGCAACACGAGGAGAAUGCUCAUGAGAUACAUUGCUCACGAGAGAGGAGCAGGGCGGCAUGGAAAGUUAUUGAUGAGUAUCUCAUGCCUUUUGUGGAGAAAGAGAAGUAUCAUGUAUCAACCAAGUGUAGACUUCACCCAGAUAAUGACAUGUUCAGGGAUCAGGAAAUGCACAAGAUAAAUCCUGACGUAAAUGAAUGGAAAUGUGGCUACUGUAAAAAGACAUUUUAUGCAGAAAAGUAUGUUGAUAAGCAUUUUGAUAACAGACAUUACAGUUUGUUAAAUUCGACAGAAGGCAACUGUCUGGCAAACUUGUGCGGAGCAUUACACUGUGACCUUGUGAUGGAUUUGCAACCAAGAAAGACCAAGUGUAAUCCAGCUGCAGCAGUGAGAAAUCGCCAUCUAUGUGAGAGUCUUGCUGAUACUUGUUUUCCUGUUACCGGAGGUCCAUCAGCCAGUCGUCUUCAUGAAUUUUUCUUGCACCAGUUCUGUGAUGCACACACUUGCUCUAGAAGUCAGAAACCUUUCUCCAGGGGUGGCAAGCAACGGACGAAUGCUUUUUAUGUUGCCAUUUCAGUGUUGAUUUUUCUGCUGCUCCCACUGUUCUACGGCUUUGUUUAUUUGUACCAGAGGGGAUUGCAAAGGAGUACUCGAGAUCUAAAACGAAUAUCACAAACCGGACGUAAGAAGAAACCCUCAUGAUCGUUGCACAUAAGUUUUGUUGGCAUGUCUUCAAGGUUUUAGAUUAUCUUCGAUGUUGUAUUACUUGUAUUUGUAUAUGAUACUCUUUUUUUUUUUUUUUUUUUUGGUGGUUGCUUGGUGUGCAUGUAUAGAGAAGAAAUUGUUCAAGCCAAUUGUUAGAUGCAAAGUAUUUCAUUUGAUCUGUCAUGAGUGAUAUCUUUAGCUUUAUAUAAGGUCGUUGAUAGAGAGAUAGGUGGUACAUGAAACUAAGUUGUAAGAUACAUUUGACUACUAUACCACAUGAGGAUCUUAACCAUUGAUUUCA